CCUCUGCCCUGUGACGUCACAUAGCUUUCCGCUCCCGAAUCCCCGCUGCUUCCGCUCAGAGAGAAACAAAUAACCCAGUCCCCGUUAUAUACGAAUAUCUUUGCGCCCUGCUUCUCUCGUUCGCUUUUGCUACGCGCCCAAAAUGGUUCGCAAGUUAAAGUACCACGAGCAGAAGCUGCUGAAAAAGGUAGACUUUAUUAACUGGGAGGUGGAUAAUAACAUCCACGAAGUCAAAGUGCUGCGAAAAUACCAUUUGGACAAGCGAGAAGACUAUACUAAAUACAACAAACUCAGCAGAAAUAUCCGAGAACUUGCCCAGAAAAUUAGAGACCUGGAUGAAAAAGAUCAAUUUCGUAUCCAAAGUACUUCAAAGGUCCUAGAGAAACUAUAUUGCAUGGGGCUGAUACCCACCAAACAGGGUCUUCAACUCUGCCAAAAUGUCUCUGCUUCCUCAUUUUGCAGGAGGCGACUUCCCACCAUCGUAGUCAAACUGAGAAUGGCACAAAACCUGAAGACGGCCAUCACAUUUAUAGAACAAGGGCAUAUCCGUGUUGGGCCUGAGGUAAUAACCGACCCAGCUUUUCUGGUUACAAGAAAUAUGGAGGAUUUUGUGACUUGGGUGGAUUCUUCUAAGAUUAAGAAGCAUGUGAUGGAAUACAAUGAGGAGAGAGAUGAUUUUGACCUUGGCGUCUAGACCUUUCCAUCAUCCCCAGAGGCAGAUCUGUACAUGACUGGAAGCAGAACCAAUACUUGGGACUUCCCAAAUGUAUCCCGAGCAGCCAACCAAAAGACUGACACAUGUAAAUUCAUCAAUAUGGACUCCAAAAAUCUCCAAUUUGUAUUUCAGUGUGCCCUGCUGGUGGUGCCUCUGGUAAGGAAAGGGUAAAUGGAACAGAGUGUAAUGGGGGGUAACGGAGCUGGUUCAGCAGAGAACCAGGAACAUAUAGAACAAUGCUGCAGCCUUUGCGUUGCCUUCUGUUGAUAUUUGGUUUAAGAAAAGGCGGUGCACAACUGUGUGUCACUUCUAUUACAUUGAUUAUGUGUAUACCGGUAUAUAUUUUUUUCUUUAGCAGGCUGUUUGUUUACGACUGUUAAAUUCAAGCUCAUCUUACAAUUUUGCCACCAAAUAAGCCUGGAUUGUGAAUGCUCCUUUCUAAAUAAAUCAGGUUUAACCACACA